AUGAACCUCAAAAUACCUGUAGAGACAAAAUAUGAAACACCGAGCGACCUUCGCAUGAAUGGCCGGAGAGUGCACGUGUUCGAUGUCGAAUUUAGCAAUGUGGUCCGUGGGUGGUCCGUGGCCAGAAUUUCCCGAUUAAGCAAUCGGGCCGCGGAUAUAGCACCCCUGUUGAGUAUAAAGGCGAUGCUAGCGGGAAACAACAACUCUCUACAUGCAAGACCUCAAUUCAUCAGAGAAUAUAAUGUUCUUAUCACGGAAGGGGGAGCAAUUGGCGUUUCUGCAAAUGGCCUUCGCCUCUUCGACCGUCUUGGAGUGUACGAGUCCCUGUCCAAACGGGGCAGCAGCCGCAGUGACUUCGCCGUGCAUUCCCUUAGUGGAGGACGGCUAGGUGGUCUUGACGAUUUCGCCGCUCGCGCACGAGCAGAGAUGGGGUACGGGUAUAUGAGAAUCAAGCGGGCGGAUGUGGUCGACGUUCUGCUGGAAGCUGUACGAAAGGCUGGAAUUCCAGUUCAUUUCGGACGGAAGAUCACUGGGAUUGACGAUACCAGCGCGGGUGAGGGGGCCGAUGUUGGUGUUAGGUUCGAGGAUGGAUCAUCAGAUAGUGCUGAUAUGUUGAUGGGUUGCGAUGGGAUCCAUUCGGCGGUCAGGAGGUUGUAUGUCGACCGCGAUCUGAAACUAGAGUACUCUGGUCUGUCCGGGCUUUUCUCGAUUAUUCCCACGGCACAGUUGCCGAGUUUCGUGACCGAUCAGUUGACGGGAUUGAAUGUGACUCUAACUGAGAAAGGGAUGUUCAUGGCAGCGCCAUGCACGGCAGCGAUGGACGAGGUAUACUGGGGCUUUCAGCGGGAGAUUCCUGUGCCGGAUCCGCAGGAUGACAGAGACGGAUGGGAGGUCCGCGGACGGCAAGAGGUGGAUGGGUUCAAGGGUAAUCUGCAUGAGAUACUAGCUAGCGGAAGGGGAGACUGGACGGAUGCGCUGAGACAACUCGUGGACGCGACAGAUGUGAUGAAAUUCUACCCGAUAUACCGGCUACCACUCGGGGGCACAUGGUCGCGUGGCCGCUGCUUGCUGCUCGGAGACGCUGCACACGCAACGCAGCCACAUGCGGGUCAGGGUGUCUCUCUGGCCGUGGAGGAUGUCUUUUUGGUCUCCCGGUUACUGGCAGAUCCCUCUCGGUCUGUUGAAGAAGCGUUUACAUUGUUUCAGCAGAUUAGAAGGCCACGCGUGGCCGAAAUCCACGAGACAGCAGCGCAAAAUGCAGGAGCUCGCAAGGAGACGGGACCAAUUACUCAGUGGCUGAGAGAAAAUGCCCUUCGAAUUGCACUUUCCACUCGCUUGGGCUUGGGGAUUGGGCAGCAGUUAUUGGGCCAGAGGUACACCAUCUAUGAUGUCGACACGGAGCAGAUCUGA